AUUCACCAUGGCAACAAGAGCGGCGUACUUUUCCCCGUCGGAGGCAGAAAUCCUCAUGGAGGCUUACGAAGAGAUGGUCUGCAAUGUUGACUAUCUGAUCAGCAAUGUUGUGGCAAAGUGGCCCGGCUCGGUCCAUGACUCCCGAGUCUUUCGGACCUCUGGAAUCUAUCAGCGCCUAUCACAAGGUGAAUUCUCUGGUGUGUUGCUGGGGGACAGAGGGUAUGCCUGCCAGCCUUUUCUCCUCACACCAUACACAGACCCUCAGGAAGCACAGCAGGCCUAUAAUCAUGCCCAUGCCAGGACAAGGGCCAGGAUCGAAAUGACCUUUGGCCUCCUGAAGGCAUACUUUCACUGUCUUAACCACUUAAGGUUCAGCCCUUUGAGGGCAUGUGACAUCACUGUGGCCUGUGCUGUCCUCCACAAUGUGGCCUGCCUGAGGAAGGAGAGGGCCCCCAGAGUGCCAUCACACAUGGACUGGGACAAUCCUGCCAUCUUCCCUGAUGACGACAGUGGUCGGCUGGUCAGGGACCAAUAUGUGUUAAAUUAUUUUAGUUAACAUGCAUGCUUUAAAUUUAAGUUAAAUAUGUCAUGCAGUGGCAGAGACGCAUGCUGUGAAUUUCAGUUAAAUAUGUCCUGGAGUGGCAGAGACGCAUGCUGUGAAUUUCAGUUAAAUAUGGCCUGCAUUGGCAGAGGAAUUUGUGGUUUUUUUUUAUUCAGUUUAAAUUAAUUUGGCCUCUUAUGUUGUUUGUGCUGUAUACUGUGUGUAUACAAGCUUGCAGGGAGGCUACUGCAUCCAUUCAUUUGUCUGCUCAUUUGUUGUGUAUGGAUUUGUCCUGCAUUUAUUUCAGUGUGCAGACAUGCGGGGUGUAUCAUAUACAGACCUUUGAAUGUGUAUUUAUUCUUGUGUUGUAUAAUAUCCUUUGAUUCCGUGCUUUCUAUCUUGUAGAAUCACUGUGUGACUUCAGUUUUGAAAGGAGCUGAUGGUUUACUUGCUUUGAUUUAUCCUUAUUCAAUAAAGGAACAUCAUGUUACUCUUUGAUGUGUAUUUAUAU